CACCAACUAAAGCAACACAGAACACACCGCCCCCAUGCCGAAAGCAUGGUCCAUUCUGGACCAGGCAUGGAGUCGGCGGAUUUUCAGCCUGGCAGGCCCAGCGUGACCCUGCUCUUGGCAUGUACUUUCUGCUUUGUAUCCGCUACGGCUCAGCAGGGCAAACGGUAACCGGGCCCUUGCAGUACACUUUCAGAUCUCGUGUGCGUCAGUUGCACCUAUUGCAUGCUGCCAGUUGAUGCUUCCAUGAAGCGGCCACUUCGCGUCUUGCGUUCCCUUGAGUUUGUCCAGCAGAGCCAACGGACUCGAUGCUCUGAUCUUGUCACACCCACACAAUGCGCUCCGGUGAUGAGAGACGACAGCUGCUACCAGCGCAUUUGGGAUGCGCAGAUUUAGGAUGAUGUCUCACACGGUGGACAACUUUCGAGUCGACACGGAAAAAUUUGAGCGCCUGAUAAGUGCUAGUCGCUCGCCGCAGCGUCUAACACACAGUUGAAAAACACCACAGGAAACAGAUGACCUGGGACGGCCCUGGUGCAAUUCUUGCUGUGUUGAACGUAAGGCUCCGUGAACAAGGAUUUCGUGCUCAGAGCAUUUGGCUCAGGCAGUCCCUGUGAGCACGAGCGCUGCCUAGACCACGAUGGCAAGCGACAGUGAGACGUCUUUGGACAGCUUUGAUGUCAGCAAGCAAAAACGCGGCAGGGCUUCAUUCCAAGAUGGCGUUUCGUUGCAAGCUUUCACCUUCCCUGACUCGGGCUUGUUCUGGACCAACUCGCGACAAAUCCGGUUGCACAUGAGAAGCUCGGCAGACUUCAGAGUUGUUCUGAACAGGCUGACGCAAAGUGCGGGCUCCUGGGUCCUGGGUUUGUUCAUUUGGAUUGCAAUGUCAGAGGUCUCCUGCUAAGGAGUCAUCGUGCCUGCGAAGAUUAGCGACUCCACAGCGGUGGUUGUCUCUGUGCAUGGUUUUGGUAACCACUGCAAUUCCGAGAGGGGCAUUGGAUGUAUUCGCAGGUUCGCGGAAGAGCUCGACGCCAUCAUUUUCAUGUACGAUCAACACGGACAUGGAUAUUCGGGUGGCUCUCGAGGCUUCAUCACUGACUACGUCCAUUUGGUCGACGACCUUGCCGGUCUUGUCCAUUUACUUUACACGGCCAAGGAACCGACAAGCGAUGCAUACAACCUUUGCUCACCUGAGAUAUUGUCUGAGGUGAAGGGCAGGGAGCUUGUGCUCGCGGGUGAGAGCAUUGGCGGUGGAGUUGUGCUGGCUGCUUCUGUUCGCCUUCAGAAUUCAAUCACUCGUGCCAGCGCCUUGAUACUAUUCGCGCCAUUCUUACAAGCCACUGUACCCUUUGGUGCUGGGAAGUCCUUUGUCAACAUGGUGAGCAGCUUUCCUUCGUUGGGGAAUGUGAGUUUGCCACAGAUGUUCCUGCCAGAGCUGAAAGGAGAUGCCAUUUUUGCGAACGGGCAUGAUGUAAAGAUCUUUGAGAUGGAUCGCUCCAACGGCGUCCGUUCUGCAUUGGGUUUUCCAAAGAAGCUGAAGGCCUCGACCGGAGCCUCCAUUACGGCGAUGUGCAAUGCUAUGCCGGGAAUCAUCACGCAGCUAGACACGCCUGUUCUCAUGUGCUGUGACCCCGAUGAUUCUAUUGCCCCAAUUCAAGGACCGCUACAAUUCAUGGAGCUUGCGACUUGCCCUAGAGAGCUGUUCAAAAUCCCAGGUGGCUUGCAUGCGCCCCACUUGAACAAGUUCAAAGACGUGUCAUCAACAUGUCGGAGGUUUCUUUCGCUUCACUUGUGCCGCAAAUCAGAAGCACUUGGCCAGGGUGCCGAUGCCGGCUCAGAUGAAACGACGAAAGAUUCCAGCAUUGCGCGCGGGAAUUUUGCCCCUUCGACCGCCCCGCAGCGCCUCAAACUUGAACGAACAGCUUUUGAGCGCUUCCCUUUGCCCGGAAGGUUCAAUGAGGUCCUGGUCAUCCUGGUCUACUUCGCGACAUUGUUGGUCAUUGCGUCCAGCCCCACCCUCCUUGCAGCAACGCGUGGUCCAGAAGCUGGUGGUUGGGUUUUACUUGCGUUUUUCUUGUACUUGCACGGCGUGGCGCUGGUUGUGGUUCUGAAUUACACGAGGGCCAUUCUCAAGGCAAGGCGGUCACGACAGAACGUUCAAGUUCCACUGAGAGCUGUGCCGUUUGGGAUUCUCAUCCCCAUGUACAAUGAAGACAUCGAAAUUCUGAGAGCUGGGCUGGAAAGCAUCAAUGACCAACCUCAAGCUCCGAAUGUGACUGUUAUCAUUGGACUUGAAGCACGCGUUGGUGAGGAGGACAAUGCAAAGCGGGAAGAAGCUGUGCGGGGAAUCCUUUGCAACGUGAAGGCAGUUCACGUUUUUAGGCACCCAGAAAACUUGCCGGGCCACAUCAAAGGCUGUGGCAGCAACCAGGCGUGGGCAAUGAGCCAAUUCUUGCAGACCAUCGAGGAAGACAUCAGCGAGUGGGUGUUUAUGAAGGUGGAUGCCCAAGUGGUCAUGCAACCCGGUUUGCUCACUGAGCUUGAGCAUCGCAUGCUUGCUUGGAAGUCGCAUAGGAGACCUGUUGUGUGGCAGCCGAUGGUGUUGCAUACCAUCAACAACAGUCGAGCUUAUGCGGUAGGUUCGCUCUUUGCGCAGACUGUCGAGUUCUUCGUCAUCGGGAUGUUUGCUCAGCCUCUCAUUUCCUCGUUCGUAUUUGGCCAGUAUGCCAUGCCCAUGGAUUUGUACGUGCGUGCCGGCACGCACCAUCCAUCCAUCAUGGCUGAAGACCAGGCCAUCACAAUUCAAUGCUCUUGGACAAAUAGGAGCCUGACAGUGCAACCUCUGAAUCACUCAGUGGCCAAGGCCCCGCCCCUGGGCGACAGUUUGCGCGAAGCAAUUGACGAGACACUGGCUCAGGAUACACGUUUCUUCGUAGGCAGUGUUUUGAUACUUCCUUGGAACCUUUUGCACAACCCCUCAACGCUCAGCUGCUGCAACUUUGUGCUGACUUCGCUUUUCCUCCGACACUUCACAACUGUUGUAAUGCCCAUCAUGGCCUUCCAGUCAAUGUUUACUGUCGGGUUUGGUUACGUCCGACUGCCCGCAGAGAGGCUAGAGGAGGCUGUGAACGGCAUCUUUGCUGUUUUCAGCCUGGCAGGCCCAUGCGUGACCCUGCUCAUGGCAUUUACUUUUGCCGUCCUUCAGAGCUCUAUGAUUGCUCAGUGGCCCGGCCGAGGCAGCCAGCUUUCUUUCAAAGCGAUUGUGAAUCAAAUCCUUUGGGGGCCUGCCUUGCAACUCCUCGUGUUUUUGGCAGAAGUCCGGGCAUUUCUGCUUUGUAUCCGCUACGGCUCAGCAGGGCAAACCGGGCCCUUGCAGUACCGGGCGCGCAAGAAAGUGGGAACAGCCAGCAUGAAGGGCAUGCCGAUGGAGCGUUUGGAGCCAACGGGCAGCGCUUGCAAACCAGUGACAGUCACUUGCGAAGUCAGUUGCGAGGCGGUGGAUAUUGAACCAGGCGAGCAGCCAUUCAGCGUUUGAAUUGAGGUUGCUCGGUGUUGUGUUCAUUUGCCAUUGAUCGCCACAUGCAAUGCGCUCCGGUGAUGAGAGACGACUGCUGCUACCAGAGCGUGUGGGACUGCCUGCAUGUCGACCCCAACCCUUUGUCUGUGCAGCCGUAAGAAUAGUGACACUUGCAGAUGUUGUGUGCGCCGGCGCGGUGGAACACUUCUUAGAUAGUGACACUUUCAGAUUUUGUUUGUGCCGACACGGUACCUUCGUUUCAAUCCACGAUUUGGGUUGUCAAGGAGCCCUUUUGGGGGCCCCAACCCUUCGUGCGUGCAGCCAUAGAAUAGUGACAGUCAGGCGUUCAGAUGUCAACUGUACAGAUUUUGUUUGGCGCAGGCACGCUGCCUUCGAUUCAAUUCACGAUAUGGGUUGUCAGGGAGCCAUAUUGGCAGCCCGAACCCAUCGCGUGUGUGCAGCCGUAGAACAGUGAUGCUUUCACAUGUUGUGUGCGCCGGCCCGGUGGACAACUUUCGGAUUCGACACGG